AUGCAACCUGAACUUAUCCCGAGUUUUAUUCUCUCGCCUCUAAUCCUCCCGACUUGCAUGAGCGGGAAUUUCACACCAACCGUAACGAUCAAGAAUGGCACACUAUCCGGCGUGUACAACGCAGCUUACCAACAAGACUUCUUUCUCGGGGUUCCCUAUGCGGCACCACCGAUUGGAGAUCGGCGCUUCCGGCGCCCCGAGCCAUCUCUCCCCUGGGAGGGGGUCCGUUCGGCGGUCACAUACAGCAACUGGUGCAUGGGAAUCAAUAUGAACAUUGUGGGGUUCAGCCAGGAUCCCACAGGGCCCAUGAGCGAGGAUUGUUUGUACAUCAACAUAGUCCGCCCCACGAACACACCACCAGAAGCCAAACUACCCGUGAUGGCCUGGAUUCACGGAGGCGCCUAUCUGGAGGGCAGCGCCAACGACCCACGCUACAACGGCUCGUUCCUGGUGCGCAACGCCGAAGAAAUGGGAACGCCCAUCAUAUUUGCCAGCCUCAACUACCGCCUGGGAACGUUCGCGACGCUGUUUAUGGGCGACGCCUUCUUCGGAUUCGGGCGCCGCGCGACGAAUCGAGCUUGGGCGGCGCAUGGCGUGCCGUCCUACGCCUAUACUUUUGAUGCUCAGACGGCCAACCUGGACCCGCGGCUUUACGGUACCGCCCAUUUCCAAGAGAUCCCCUUCGUUUUCGGCAACGACCGAGGCGUUGGGUUUGAAGUGAACCCUAUACCGCCCAGUGACGCCCGAUACGCGAGACUGGCCAAGAUUAUGAGUGAGAUGUGGAUCAGUUUUGCUGUCACCCACUCGCCUAACAACCAUCAUCUCCCAUAUGUUAAACCCAAAUGGCCGGUUUAUUCCAAAACCGCUCGGACUACUUUGUGGUUUUCCUUGGACGAUGUCCAGGAAAGGCCUGACACAUCGCGUCAAGAGGCAUAUGACAUUUAUUCUGAAAGCUGGGCCGUGCAAAAUUGACAAGGCAGCUAUAUAUUUCAGUAUUACAAGCAGCUGCUGAAACUUAGGAACGGUACGAAUAGUGUUUCAGAAGCAGAUGCUAUAAUUUAUGUGCAGGUG